AAUCCAUUUUAACUGGAGAUGGCCUAAGAGAGCUCGAAAGAGAUAAGAGAUGUUGGCACUGCCGCUGAGAUUAGGCGCGCAUUGGCCUGCGGUACAAAAACCUCUAAUAUCAACUUCAACACGGUGGUUCGUUUUCCCCUAUUCGCGAAAAGUUUCGCUGAAUGGCAAUGGCCCCAGAGACCACUUUGACCGAAACGUUUCGAGGAUCCCUGCGAAUUCAACAUCUUUCACUGGCAAGACCAAUGAUUUCGUUUCCGUUUCUCUCCCCAAAGACUCUCCUCUGUUUGGAUUGGAGGAUUUACUGGUGAGCUUUAUCUUGGGCAAGAAGAGGGCCACAGAAGUUUCUCACUUGGUUUGGAAAAGUGUUGUCCAAAAAGGAGAUACAGUCAUUGAUGCCACUUGUGGCAAUGGUCAUGAUACCUUAGCAAUGCUGAAGAUGGUUGCUGAUGAAUCGUGUAAGGGUUCUGUUUACGGGCUGGAUGUUCAGGAAGCUGCUUUACAGAAAACUUCUUCUUUGCUGGAAGAGUUGGUCAGUCCAAAUGAGAAAGAACUUAUUAAGCUUGUCUCCAAAUGCCACAGUAAAAUGGAUGAAGUUCUUCCAAAAGAUACAUCUGUUAGGCUUGUCGCUUUCAAUCUUGGCUAUCUUCCUGGGGGUGACAAAACAAUUAUCACACAGUCAGAAACAACACUGAAGGCAUUGGAAGUUGCAAAAAGUAUCGUGGUGCCCGGAGGUCUUAUCAGUUUAGUGGUUUAUGUGGGGCACCCUGGAGGAUGGUUUGAUUUGUUUGUAAUCAUGGUUUCUCAAGAACAAAGUAAGGACUCUGGCUCGAAAAAAAAUGGAGGUAAGGAGCUUGGAAUGGUAACUCCUCAAGACAAGUCCUUGAAGAAGAUGAAGUUUGUUUCAUCUACUGAGACAGAACCAGCCAGCACGACAACAAUUUCUGAGGAUUCAAAAGUCCCACUUGUGGACAAGAAAUGGGCUGAAAUCCCCAAGGAUAUAAAGGAGCAGAUUUGGGAAGCCGUUGACAUGGCUUUUGUGGUAGGUCAAGGGGGCAAGAACCUGGUGUUAUCUUCUGUUGCCAAGAAAUGGAAGGAUUUCAAGUCUACAAUUAGGGAGAAACUUGAGUACAAUCAUCGAUUGCCUCCAAAAGGAUAUGCUGAUUUGGAGGAUCAACUGGAGGAAACCAUGCCUCGGGUAGAAAUUGAUCGAUCUACCUUAUGGAAGAAAGCUAGACAAGACAAAGAUGGUAACAUCCCUGAUCCAAAGGUGGCAGAGAAAGCAAAAUUAAUUGAUGAAUUGCAAAAAAAAGUCUCUGAAGGUAGUCUCAGUGUAUCUGGCAGUAAUGAUGUGUUGACCUUGGCUUUGGGUCCCGAGCAUCCAGGGAGAGUAAGAGGGGUAGGUGCUGGGAUUUUCCGUAGGCAAUACUUCAAUUUAUCUACACAACAGAGGGUAAAGUGUAAGAAUUGUCCUUUAAGAAGAGACUAA